AUGGCAAACUGUGAUAGAAAUAUUUAUCUUGUUUCUACCCAUUCUCGUCAACGAGUCGAAUCGAUAGAUUCUUCUGAUCAUGAUAAAUCACCUGAAAUACAAUUACAAAAAAAAUCUAAACGACAACUUUUUGUUGUAUUGUAUGCUGCUGAUAAUUGUCCAUUACACGGUUCUCGAGGCAAGUGUACUUGUGCAUCGUUUGUUAACGACGAUGCUAAUGGUGUAGGCAACGAUGGAAUGGGAAGUUCUGAAUCUCUUCAUCGAUCUGGUGAUUUCGGACAACAAAAUUAUGAAAAUAAUGAAAAAACCGAUGAUCUUGUUUCUGCAAGUGUUAAACCAUAUAAUAACAAUCCACCAUUACCAGCUACUCAACGAGAUAUUGUUGGUAAUAAUCUUCGUUUUAAUUCAAGAUCGCUUAAUAAUAAUAAUUGGAUCGAUGAUGAAAAUGAUCAAUUAGCUGCUUUACUUCUCUAUCGAGAUGCUUUGAAAAAAAAUUUAACAACAUCUACAAAAGCUGGAGUUGGUUUUCCAAGAAUGCGUCAUGGUCGUAUCGGAAGUCAAUGGCGUCAUAUAAAACAAACAAAUACCUAUUCUGGAUCAAAUCUUAUGUUUAUUGAUGGUUUGUUGUAUUUUAACAUUUCUAUCAUUGAUUUUUCAAUCCGAAUUUAUUUUCUAGGUACAGUACGAGUUGAUGAUAGUUAUAAAUAUCCAAUACCUCGUUUUGGUUAUCCACCAAUGAAACGACCACAACAUAGAUUUUCAGCAUCCUAUAACGAUUCAUCUUUUACAUCAGCUAAUCCGGCAACACACUCAUUGGAUGCUUUAACUUGGUCACAAAAUGAGACACUAAAUCGACGUCCAUCUUUAACUCGAAAUUCAAAUCGUUCUCAACAUUAUACAAAAGAUAAUUUAUCAUAUAGACCACCUGAUUCAGCAUACAAAAAAAAUGCAUGUAAGUAUUGA